AUGCUCCCAUAUUUCUUAUUUCGUAUGCUCUCCAUUGUUGGAAGAGACAAGGAGGGGGAGUUGGAGGAGGCUGAGAGGAGAAGGGCAGUAGAGAUGAGUGAGAUGAGACGGCAGGUGGAGGAGAGGGAGAGGGAGUUGGACGAGACGAGGAGGGAGAUGAGUGUGGUGAGGGGGCAGAUGGUUGAGAGGGAGAGGGAGCUGGAAGAGGCGACGAAUGAGAUGAGAGGGCAGGCGGAAGAGAUUGAGAGGGGAGUUGCGGCGGCGAAGGGGGAGGUGGCUCGACAGCAGGAUGCUGUCUUGAAGUUUAUGGUUGAUCUUCAAAGCAGCCAGAGUGAAGGUGAUGAAAACACUGCAUGGCAGGUGGGUGAUUCAUUUCACAUGGCAUGCAUUGUCUGCUUCCACUUCUCGUGUUGA